AUGAGAGUCAUAGAUGUUAGUUAUAACUGCCUCCACGACAAACACCUGAAGAGUUUUUUCCGCCAUCCGGAAAGGAAGAAGCGGCUAGUGAAGCAAGACCUCAUCACCUCAAAUGAGAAGGUGCUGUGUUCGUGUAAAGAGUACAAUCGCUACAGUAGCUACAUCAAGUCAGUUCAGUUGCUGUGGGAGAAGCAGUGCUGUGCCCAGCAGAAAAUGCUUUUGAAGCAGUUCCUAGUCUUGCAGCAGCAAGGGGAGGUUCCGUCCCACAUCUCACUGACGGAUAUUAGAGAUUGGCUCAUUGCCAAGGGUAGAAACUACUUUAAGAACACGUUUCAGAGUGAAAUGGAAGAGGGGAAGAACCUUCACUUGGCUGAACUGGCUUGGGAUGUGAAACGACGCCUCAGGCUAAAGGAGCUGGAAAGAGAAGUGUGCAGGGAGCUGCGCCUGGAGCGCCGAAUCCGCUGGUCGGUGAUUGGACAGCCUGGUAGCCAGAUGGGAGAUUGGAGACCCCUGGGCAUGGAGACACACACACCUCUGGGAAUGGACACUCUUUCCAGUCAAAUCUCGACUGAGAACCUCGAGGUUGCUAGGCUACAUACUGCCAGACCACAUAUUGCCAGACCACAAACUACCAGACCACGUUCUACCAGACCACCAACUGAAAGACCUAGCAGUGGCUCUGAUCACUCUGGAACCUUGUCUUCUGUGAUGACCUGCUCACCACAUUCAGCUAGCCCGUCAGUGGUAGGUCACUUUGGUCAUGAACAUGUUCCCAGCUUUCACUCUUUGGGGCUGUAG